AUGUCAACAUCCUACUCUGUAGACUCCUCGAAAUCGUACAUGAUUGCAAUGCAAUCGAUGGUCGAUACCGUGGAGAAGUUAAAUCUAAAGCUAGGGGCAUAUAUACCAGAAGUUGAUAACGAGGUCAAAAAAGUAGCUAAUGAGAAGAAUGAAGGAGCACAAUUAGCUGUUUUGGCCCAAGAUCGUAACAAAUGGGAUGAUAUAUACGAUCAGUUUAACGAUGUCUCCUUCGAAAAUCUUCAAAAAGUUAUAAAGAGCUAUAAAUCAAGUAAUAGUAACAACAAAAUUUAUAGGGAAUUUGGGAAACUGAUAGAUCUUGCUGAUAGUUUAUUACCGAAAGACGUUUUUACUGAGUCAUUAUUACAAAUUGUGUACAACAAUGGUUCCAAUGCGUUAGAAAAGGAAUUAUUAGAUUUCCUUGGCGCUUCUAAUAUCGAAUUGAUUUCGUUCCUUAUCCAGAAUCAGUCCACUAUCAAAUCAAUUCCGCUUGAAGAGACUCUAUUUAUGAUUCAGGAUGCAACAAAUCCGAAUAAGAGGCUUACCCAAGAAGGAAUUAGAAACCAAGUUCUUGAAAAUGCUGCAAGAGCUAAGAAUCCCAAGUUAGAUGCUGCUCAGAAGAUAAUAAAAUAUCCACAUGUGUACAGAAAAUAUGAAUCCAAUACUUCUUCUGCCCUUUCGAUUGGAGGUCAAAAAUUUGCUUUGCCUGUUGGCACUACAAGGAUGACAUAUCAAGCUCAUGAAGAAAUUAUUAUACCUGCUCCUGAUCCAGAGAAGAAUAAAAGUUUUUUAUACACCAAACUAUUGAAAAUAAAAGAUCUAGACUUUCUAUGUCGCUCUGUUUUUAAAUAUGAGACAUUGAAUCAGAUUCAGACUCUGGUAUAUCCCGUUGCAUAUACUACUAACGAAAAUAUGCUAAUAUGUGCUCCAACCGGUGCCGGUAAAACUGAUAUUGCUCUUUUAACGAUUUUGAAUGCUAUUAAACAAUAUUCAACGACCACAGAAGGAGGGGAACUUGACAUUCAAUAUGAUGAUUUUAAAGUUAUUUAUGUUGCCCCACUAAAGGCUUUAGCUGCGGAAAUUGUCUCUAAAUUUAGUGAAAAAUUAUCCAUUUUUGACAUUAAAGUUCGAGAAUUAACUGGUGAUAUGCAGAUGACAAAGGCUGAAGUUCUUGAGACUCAAAUUAUAGUUACAACUCCCGAAAAAUGGGAUGUAGUUACUCGUAAAGCAAAUGGUGAUAAUGACUUAGUUUCUAAGGUCAAACUUCUCAUUAUUGAUGAAGUUCAUUUGUUACAUGAAGACAGAGGUUCUGUUAUUGAAACCCUGGUUGCCCGUACUUUAAGGCAAGUUGAAAGUUCUCAGUCUAUGAUUCGUAUUCUAGGUUUAUCCGCCACUUUACCUAAUUUCAUGGAUGUCGCUGAUUUCUUGGGUGUCAAUAGACAAAUAGGUAUGUUUUAUUUUGAUCAGUGCUUCCGUCCCAAACCGCUGGAACAACAAUUACUGGGUUGCCGGGGUAAAGCAGGUACGAUGCAAAGUAAGAAAAAUAUCGACGAAGUUUCGUACGAGAAACUUCUGGAGAUGAUUAAGAUGGGUUAUCAAGUGAUGGUAUUUGUACAUUCAAGAAAAGAUACUGUUAAGAGUGCUAGAACAUUUAUUAAGAUGGCCCAAGAAAACCACGAAAUUGAACAUUUUGAACCAGAUCCUUCCGCAAAAGAUAUUUACUCCAAACAACUCGCCAAGAAUAGGGAUCGUGAUUUAAAAGAAAUUUUUCAAUUUGGAUUUGGUGUUCAUCAUGCUGGUAUGUCUCGUUCGGACAGAAACUUAACUGAAAAAUUAUUUAAAGAAGGUGCUACAAAAGUCCUAUGUUGUACUGCUACAUUAGCCUGGGGUGUUAAUUUGUCGGCAGAUUGUGUUAUUAUUAAGGGAACUCAAGUUUAUGAUUCCAAAAAGGGUGGUUUUAUAGACCUAGGUAUUUCUGAUGUCAUUCAAAUUUUUGGUCGUGCUGGUAGACCUGGGUUUGGUUCAGCAAAUGGUACCGGUAUUCUCUGUACCUCAAACGACAAAUUGGAUCAUUAUGUAUCAUUGAUUACUCAGCAACAUCCGAUUGAAUCGAGAUUUGGUGCCAAACUAGUUGAUAAUUUGAACGCUGAGAUAUCACUUGGUACAGUCACUAACGUAGAAGAAGCCAUUGAAUGGUUAGGUUAUACGUACAUAUUCGUUAGAAUGAAGAAAAACCCAUUUACAUACGGUAUUGAUUGGGAUGAAAUAGCGUCAGAUCCACAAUUAUAUGAUAGAAGAAAGAAUAUGAUUAUUACCGCAGCAAGAAGGUUGCACGCCCUUCAAAUGAUUGUUUUCGAUGAAAUAUCAGCACAUUUCAUACCUAAGGACUUAGGAAGAGUAUCUUCUGAUUUUUAUCUACUGAAUGAUUCCAUUGAAAUUUUUAACCAAAUGUGCGAUCCUCGUGCAACCGAGGCCGACGUAUUGUCUAUGAUCAGUAUGAGCAGUGAGUUUGAUGGUAUCAAAUUUAGAGAAGAUGAAUCUUCUGAAUUAAAAAGAUUAUCUGAGACUUCUGUAGCAUGUCAAAUAGGAAGUCCAUUAGAUACCUCCCAAGGAAAAACAAAUGUUUUACUGCAGGCAUAUAUUUCGCAAAGUCGUAUUAAUGACUCAGCACUGUCAUCGGAUUCCAAUUAUGUCGCCCAAAACUCUGUAAGAAUCUGUAGGGCAUUAUUCCUAAUUGGUAUUAACAGAAGAUGGGGUAAUUUUUCAAAAGUAAUGCUUGACAUUUGCAAAUCUAUAGAUAAGAGAAUAUGGGCCUUUGAUCAUCCACUUUGUCAAUUUGACUUACCAGAAAAUAUUAUGCGCCAGAUCAGAGAAAAGAAUCCAUCGAUGGAGUACCUUCUAGACCUAGAGCCUCAAGAAUUGGGAGAAUUGGUACACAACUCCAAAAUGGGUGGAAGACUUUAUAGUAUAUUGAGCCGCUUCCCAAGAAUUAAUAUUGAAUCCGAGAUAUUCCCCAUCACCUCUAAUGUUAUGAGAAUCCAUACAACGUUAACCCCAGAUUUCAAGUGGGACACUUAUAUACAUGGUAACGCUCAGUUUUUUUGGGUUAUCGUUGAAGAAUCUGAUAAAUCUCAAAUCUUGCAUUUUGAGAAAUUCAUUUUAAAUAAAAGACAACUAGAUAACCCUCAUGAGAUGGAUUUCAUGAUUCCGUUAUCGGAUCCAUUACCACCUCAGGUGGUCGUUAAGGUUGUAUCUGAUACAUGGAUUGGAUGCGAAUCAGUCAAUGCCAUUACGUUCCAACAUUUGAUAAGACCCUUUAAUGAGACAUUACAGACAAGAUUAGAAAGACUAAGACCAUUACCUAUCAAUGCACUACAAAAUCCGCUUGUCGAGUCAAUUUAUCCAUUCAAAUAUUUCAAUCCAAUGCAAACUAUGACAUUCCAUACCCUGUACAACACAAAUGACAAUGUCUUUGUUGGUUCACCAACUGGUUCCGGUAAAACUGUUGUUGCAGAAUUGGCAAUGUGGCAUGCUUUUAGAGAUUUCCCUGGUUCAAAGAUUGUCUAUAUUGCUCCAAUGAAGGCUCUAGUUCGUGAAAGGGUCGAUGAUUGGAGGAAGCGUGUUACCCCGGUUACUGGUGAUAAAGUAGUUGAACUGACCGGUGAUUCUCUCCCUGAUCCUCGUGAUGUUGCUGAUGCUACUAUUGUCAUCACAACACCUGAAAAAUUUGAUGGUAUAUCUCGUAACUGGCAAACUCGUAAGUUUGUUCAAGAUGUUUCUUUGGUUAUCAUGGACGAAAUUCACCUUUUGGCAAGUGAUCGUGGUCCAAUUUUAGAAAUGAUUGUAAGUCGUAUGAAUUACAUUUCCUCUCAAACUCACUCUCCUAUUCGUUUAUUGGGUAUGUCCACUGCUGUUUCGAAUGCGUAUGAUAUGGCAAGUUGGUUAGGUAUCAAAAAUAAUGGUUUGUUCAACUUUCCAUCAAGUGUUCGUCCCGUGCCAUUAAAAAUGUACAUUGAUGGUUUCCCUGAUAAUCUUGCAUUCUGCCCAUUAAUGAAAACUAUGAAUAAACCUGCAUUCAUGGCUAUUAAACAACAUUCUCCUAACAAGCCUGCUCUGAUUUUUGUUGCGUCACGUAGACAGACCAGAUUGACGGCAUUAGAUCUGAUCCAUCUGUGUGGUAUGGAGGAUAAUCCAAGAAGAUUUUUAAACAUUGAUGAUGAAGAUGAGUUGCAGUAUUAUAUUUCUCAGGUAACAGAUGAUACAUUAAAGCUUUCAUUACAAUUUGGUAUCGGUUUGCAUCAUGCUGGUUUAGUUGAAAAAGAUCGUUCCAUUUCCCAUAAAUUAUUCCAAAUGAACAAAAUUCAAAUUUUGAUUGCUACCUCUACGUUAGCUUGGGGUGUUAAUUUACCUGCACACUUGGUAAUUAUUAAAGGUACUCAAUUUUUUGAUGCCAAAAUUGAAGGUUACCGUGAUAUGGAUCUUACAGAUAUUUUACAAAUGAUGGGUAGAGCAGGUAGACCAGCUUAUGAUACAUCAGGUACAGCAAUUGUUUAUACGAAAGAUUCCAAAAAAAUGUUUUAUAAACAUUUCCUGAAUGUUGGUUUCCCAGUUGAAUCUUCUUUGCAUAAAGUAUUGGAUGAUCAUUUAGGUGCUGAAAUUAGUUCAGGUACAAUUAAAAACAAACAAGAUGCGUUAGAUUUCUUGAACUGGACUUUCCUUUUCCGUAGAGUACAUCAUAACCCAACAUACUAUGGUAUUGAAGAGGAUACUAGUGAAGCAGGUGUUACGAAACAUUUAAGUGAAUUGGUCGAUUCCACAAUGAAUAACUUAGCUGAAUCUAAAUGUGUAUCGUUACACGGCACUGAUAUUAAUGCAACUCCAUUUUUAGGUAUAUCUUCUUACUACUAUAUUUCACAUUUGACAAUUCGUCAAUUACUGAAACAAAUUCAUAAUAAUGCUACAUUCAAUGAGGUUUUAAAAUGGUUAUCGUUAGCUUUUGAAUACAACGAACUUCCUGUCAGAGGAGGUGAAAUUAUAAUGAAUGUCGAGAUGUCCGCAAGAUUAAGAUAUUCUGUGGAGAGUACAUUUAAUGGUGAAUAUGAAUUACCAAUGUGGGAUCCUCAUGUGAAGGCAUUCUUAUUAUUACAAGCACAUAUGAGUCGUGUUGAUUUACCUAUUGCAGAUUACAUACAAGAUACCGUAUCUGUCUUGGACCAAUCUUUACGUAUUUUACAAGCUUUCAUUGAUGUCGCUAGUGAACUUGGUUAUUUCCAAACUGUUUUAACUAUGAUCAAAGCCAUGCAAUGUAUUAAACAAGGUUAUUGGUAUGAAGAUGAUCCAAUUGGUCUACUUCCUGGUAUUGAUAUCAAACGUAGAACAGAUAUGACUUUUAAUGAAACAGGAUACCCAACAGAAGAUACUAAAGAAAAUGAUAAAUUGACAACUCUCGAAAAGCUUGGUCAUUAUGGUGUCAAGAAAUUACAACCCAUUAUGGACCGUUUCAAUAUACCUACCGAAGAAAGAGGUAAGUUUGUUCAUAUUUGUCAAAGGAUUCCAGUGUUAGAUGAGAUUCAUUUUGAAAAGCAAACUGAUGCUGGCCAAUUGACACUUUACAGUAAACACGUGUAUGGUAAAAGUAAUAAGAACUUUGAAAUAUACUGUGAUAAAUUCCCAAAAACUCAAAAGGAGGUAUGGUUCUGCAUUGCAUAUCAAGGUGAUGAACUAUUGAUGGUUAAGAGAUGUCAACCAAGACAAGCUGGUAAAACUAUCGUUGUUGGGUGUGAUUUGAUUAUCCCAGAAGAAAUUCAAGGUGAAAAACUGGAAUUUAUUCUGAUCAACGACGCAAUGGAUUUGAAAUACCGCGUAAGUCAUCAACUAAUUUGA